AUGUCAAGAAUUAUCUCUGAAUAUCAAGUCAAAUCUCAAGUCAAAUCUCAAGUACAAUACCAAAAUCACUCAAAUGGUCAAGUCAAGUUCCAAGUCAAGUUUCAAGUCAAUGCUCAAGUCAUUUAUCAAGUCAUUUCUCAAGUCAUUUCUCAAGUCAUUUCUCAAGCCAAGGUCCAAGUCAAGGUUCAAGUCCAAGUCCAGGCCCAUGUUCUAGCCCAUGUUCUAGCACAAGCACAUACACAAUCACGAAAAAGUCCGUUCUCAAUUUUUAUCCAAAUCAAAAAUCCGGGUCAUGCCCUCCAAAUUUCAAUGUCAAGUUCAUUUCCAAGAAGGGUUUCAACCCAAGUUCCGAAUCAAGAAAAAGGAGAUCAUCUUACCCAAAGCCAAAGCCAAAACUCUGGUUUCAUCCCCAAAGCACAGCUAUUAAUCUGGUUUCCACUCAAAUCAAAGGUGCUCUCCAACGAAGUCGCCUCUCAAGCCAAAUCAUCUCAAAUCAAAUCCAUGGUGUUCUCUAACGGAGUCACCUCUCAAGCCAAAUCAUCUCAAAUCAAAUCAAAGGUGUUCUCUAACGGAGUCGCCAUUCAAGCCAAAUCUAACCAAAUCAAAGGUGUUUUCUAA